AGGGCGGAGCUGGGCCCAGAAGCCCCUCCCAGCGGCCGCGCCGCGGCCCGGCCUGUUAUUCGGCUAGCUGUUUGCCCGAGACCCACGCAGCGCCAGUGGCUCGGGGAGUCCGCCCCCUGCCCAGGCCUGGAACCAACCCCAACCCGAGAGGCCGGAGACGGAGCUGGAGAGGCUGCCGCAUCCCGGCCCAGCCUCCCAUACCAUCCCUCCCCUCUGCGCUGGACGUCGGGACCCUGGGCCCCGCAACGACAGGGCUCCGGAAACUCUCCCCGCCCAGCACGGCAGCUGGGCCCCGCGCCGCCCUCUCUGCAGAGACCCCAGUCUUCCUCCAGACCAGACUUCCGCCUACCCCUGGACGCCCCCUCCCGCUUCCCUCCCUCCCCGCCUCCCCAAGUCUGGAGCGGGGUAGGAGGGAGGGGGUGUGUGCGCCCUGCGCCGUCCCCGCCCCGCCCCCCGUGAUUCCCCCUGUAUGGCCGGCCCGGGCGGGGGAUGCGGGGGGGCCCGGGCGCCAUGCGGGGAGGGCACAAGGGGGGUCGCUGUGCCUGUCCCCAUGUGAUCCGAAAAGUGCUGGCAAAAUGCGGCUGCUGCUUCGCCCAGGGGGUACGUGAAUGGUCUGUACCCUUUGGGAUGGGGUGGGAUGUAGGAGAGCAGAUGGCCACCCUCAGCUUCCAGUGUCUGCCCAGAUGGCUACCCCCACCCCUAUAUCUGUACCAUGCUCAGGAUAUGGGGGAACCUCCACAUGUAACUGGGGAUUCCAGACCUGAACCCUAUUCCAUUGCUGGCAGUGAUGGGAGUAUCUCGGCUUCAGCUGCCUCGGGUCUGGCUGCACACUCUGGUCCCAGUUCCAGGCUCAGCUCUGGCCCCUGUUCCCCUGGCCCCCCAGAGCCAGUCAGUGGCCUGAAAAGAUGGUUGGAUCAUUCUAAACAUUGUCUCAAUGUGGAAACUGAUGCAAGCGGUGGCCAGACUGGGCCAUAUGAGAACUGGAUGCUGGAACCAGCUCUAGCCACAGGAGAGGAGCUGCCAGAACUGACCCUACUGACCACAUUGUUGGAGGGCCCUGGAGAUAAGACACGGCCACCUGAGGAGGAGACUUUGUCCCAAGCCCCUGAGAAUGAGGAGGAACUGAAGAAGGCGGCUCUGGAAAGGAGUAUGUAUGUCCUGAGUGAACUGGUAGAAACAGAGAAAAUGUACGUGGAGGACUUGGGACAGAUUGUGGAGGGGUACAUGGCUACCAUGGCUGCUCAGGGGGUCCCAGAGAGUCUUCGAGGCCGAGACAGGAUUGUGUUUGGGAAUAUCCAGCAAAUCUAUGAGUGGCAUCGAGACUAUUUCCUCCAGGAGCUACAGCGGUGUUUAAAGGAUCCUGAUUGGCUGGCUCAGCUAUUCAUCAAACACGAACGCAGACUGCAUAUGUACGUGGUGUACUGUCAGAAUAAGCCGAAGUCAGAGCACGUGGUGUCAGAAUUUGGGGACAGCUAUUUUGAAGAGCUCAGGCUGCAGCUGGGGCACCGUCUGCAGCUCAGUGACCUCCUCAUCAAGCCAGUGCAGAGGAUCAUGAAAUACCAGCUGCUACUCAAGGAUUUUCUCAAGUAUUACAGUAGAGCUGGGGUGGAUACUGAAGAGCUAGAGCAAGCUGUGGAGGUCAUGUGCUUCGUGCCCAAGCGCUGCAAUGACAUGAUGACCUUGGGGAGACUGCGGGGGUUUGAGGGCAAAUUGACUGCUCAGGGAAAGCUCUUGGGUCAGGACACAUUCUGGGUCACGGAGCCAGAGGCUGGGGGGCUGCUGUCCUCCCGAGGUCGAGAGAGGCGUGUCUUCCUCUUUGAGCAAAUCGUUAUCUUCAGUGAGGCCCUGGGAGGAGGUGUGCGAGGUGGAACACAGCCUGGAUAUGUGUACAAGAGCAGCAUCAAGGUGAGCUGCCUGGGACUGGAGGGGAACCUCCAAGGUGACCCUUGCCGCUUUGCACUGACCUCCAGAAGGCCAGAGGGUGGAAUCCAGCGCUAUGUUCUACAAACUGCAGACCCUGCAGUUAGUCAGGCCUGGAUCAAGCAAGUGGCCCAGAUUCUGGAAAGCCAGCGGGACUUUCUCAAUGCACUACAGUCACCAAUUGAGUACCAGAGGCGGGAGAGCCAGACCAACAGCCUGGGGAGAACAGGAGGGCCUGGGGUGGGGAGCUCUGGAAGAAUUCGGCCUGGAGACCAGGCCCAGGUCAGCACACACACACCCAUCAAUGGCUCUCUCUCCUCCCUGCUGCUGUUGCCCAAAGGGGAGGUGGCUAGAGCCAUCCUGCCCCUGGACACACAGGACCCCAGUGACAUCCCUCAGCCUCCUUGUGACUCUCCUCCAGUUCCACCAAUUCCUAACACUCUUCCCUGCCAAGCCAGACUUGCCAAGCUGGAUGAGGAUGAGCUGUAACUUGUGAAGGCCAUGGGGAUGGUGCUGCUCAGCCACUCUAUUCCCAAGGAACUUAAGGGCAGUCGUGGCACCACCCUGGAAAUCCCCUUCUUGGUGUGUCUGAGGGUGGGCAUAGUGGGAGUGGUGUGAACUUGGAGGAGGGUAUCUAACUCAAAAAGACUUCUUUCUGCCCAAGGAACCCAGAUUCCUUCAGUUCCCACCCCUAUGCAUGCUUCACAGUUUUCUCCAAAAGAAGGGUAUGCUUGGAGGGGAGUGCUGGGCAGGGACCAGAUAGACAGGACCGGUUUUCUUAUUUCUUUUGUUUUUUUCUGUUUUCUGAGAAUAAAGGUUUUGUUAUAUCACUAA